CAAUCGAUCAUAAAACAAGAAAGAGAGAGAGAGAGAGAGAGAGAGGGAGAGAUGGGAAACGUGAGAUGGCUUCUCAACUUUCUCAACCAUGCCAACAAGCAAGAAAGUGUUGAGAAUCAUAACAAAACCGGUGUCGUAAAGGCCUCAAACUGUGGAUUUAAGAUGCCGUUGCAUUACCCAAGAUACAAGAAGGAGGACUACGAGGAGAUGGAAGAGUGGAGAUUGGAUUUGCUUCUUUCAGACUACGGACUUCUUGCCUUCCACGACAAUACUCUCCAUGAGAAACGAGCUUUUGCAAUCGGAGCUUUUCUGUGGCCUCAUCACCCGUAAUUUCCAUCUCCUUCAGUCCUUCAUUUAUCUUCUUUAUAGAGGUACGAGAGCCGAAGAGAUGAAAGAAACCGUGAUAUCAAUCUACCCAAACUAUAUGUCACAAGAAGAUAUAAAUGUAUCUUUAGUUUCAUUUGGUCACUUUAUGUUGUCUAUAUAAGUUUAGCUUUGGAUUUUGCAUAUAUGAAUAUUCAAUUAAGGAAAAUGUAGUUUUACUGCUUGUCAUGGUAUCAAAGCCUUCAUCCAAAUCUUCCCCAAAUGAGAUUGAGGUUCAUUAUAUUUC